AUGAUCCCCGCCCCCGUCUUUCUGCGCAAUCUCGCAGCAGCACCCUCGCGAACCAUCCCCGCAGCAGCAUCUCAAUUCUUCAAAGUUUCGUCUUCGAUCCCGCUGCGACCCCGCAACAUGUCCACGACAACCGCCCCCCAGCAGCAGCAAGCCCGCUUCAGCCAGGGCUCAGACGAGGCGAUGAACUCGACGCUGGAGACGCUCCUGGGUCAGGGCCGCUGGGCGCUCGUCAACGAGGGCGAGGCCGUCGAGCGCAGCUUCAAGUUCAAGAACUUUGCAAAGACGUGGGACUUCAUGACGGCCGUGAGCCUGCAGUGUAAAACCCACAAUCACCACCCGGAGUGGUCCAAUGUGUACAACACGACCUUCAUCCGCUGGACGACGCAUAGCCCCAAAGGACUCUCUGUCAAGGACCUGAAGCUCGCGAUGAUAUGCGACGCCCUGGCCAAGGACUUUGGCGAGGUGGAGGCGCCGCCCGCCGCUACGGAAGAGGCCACUAGUUGCGGCAUCCGGGGCUUGGCCGACAAGGCAGCCGGCACGGCCGGGGACUGCUGCGCGCCGAAGUCGAAGAACUGA